ACAAGUUCGUUCCAUAUUCCUCGUACAGAAAAGGGAUACGGCAUAAUUUUAGAAGUCUUGAUUCAUGAAUCAUCUCUUCUCUGCCAUAUUCUAGUUCAACUCUCAAUCAUGAAACUUCGUCAGUCUCUGCCGUUGUAAUCUCAAUACCAUUUCCGAAGAAGUGAUCGCCGCCAUGCCAGGCCGCCAAAUCCCCCCAUCCCAAUCCCCAUUCCCAUCGCCUGCGCCCACUCCCUCCCCGACGACCCAAUCCCUUUUGGUCGCUUCCUUCGCCAUCUUCUCAAUCCUGGUCAUCCUCUACCGCAAGAUUAUCAGCCACAAGCGCACCAACUCCACUGCCACCGCCCCCUCCGACUCCUGCCCCCCACCUCACCGCUUCUCCUACUCCGCCCUCCGCCGCGCCACGCACUCGUUCUCGCAGCGCCUCGGCCAGGGCGGUUUCGGCCCUGUUUUCUCCGGCUCCCUCGACCGCACCCCGCCCGUGCCCAUUGCCGUCAAGGCCAUGGACUCCGGCUCCCUCCAGGGCGAGCGGGAGUUCCACAACGAGCUCUUCUUCGCCUCCAAGCUCCACUCCCCUCACCUCGUCCCCGUGCUCGGCUUCUCCUCCGACCGCAAACGGCGCCGUAUGCUUCUCGUCUACGAACUCAUGCACAACGGAAAUCUCCAGGACGCGCUGCUCCGCGGCAAACGACCCCCCGAGCUCUUGGAAUGGAAGAGGCGCUUCGCCGUCGCUCUCGAUAUCGCCAGAGGGCUCGAGUAUCUGCAUGGCCUGGACCCGCCGGUGAUUCACAGCGAUAUCAAGCCUAGUAAUAUUCUCUUGGAUCAGCACUUCUCGGCCAGGAUUGGGGAUUUCGGGCUUGCUAGGCUGAAACCAGAGAACCAGAUUGCGUUAGAGGUUGAAGAUGGCGGUGGGUUGGCCGCGAAGGAGGGCAGUGGUGGAGGUGGAGGUGCUGGUGGAGGUAGAGUCGUAGAGGAUUGUGGAUCAGUAGUUGAGGAGACCGAGAGCGUGACUAUUACUUUUGAGGAUUUCAAUGGGGUUGUGGGUCGGUCAUCGUCACCGGAGAGUGUCCAUCCCGUGACGGCGGUAUCGCCGAGCGUUUCGGAGGGGAAUUUCGACAGGGGCAGCGUUGAGAGUGGGAACGAGCUGUUUGGUGUUGGUGGAGGAGGAAGGAGCGGGAAAGAGACAAAGAACUACGUGAUGGAGUGGAUUGGGACAGAGAUAAACAAGGAGAGGCCGAAAAGCGACUGGGUUGGCGCUUCUUCGGGUAGUGGAGCAACUGGAAAGUCAGAGAAGAAGUUGAAGAAGAAGAACAAGAACAGGAGGCGAUUGGAGUGGUGGAUGACAAUGGAGGAGGACAAGAGCUCCAAGAAUUCUAAGGAGAAGCGGAGGCCGGCGAGAGAGUGGUGGAAGGAAGAGUAUUGUGAAGAGCUAACUAGGAAGAAGAAAAACAAGAACAAAAUGAAGCAAAUGGGGUUUAUUAGCGAUGACAAUUGCGAUGAGUGGUGGCCGAGGGACGAGGAUUUGUACAAGAAGAGAGGGAGAAGCCGGAGUCAGAGGAGUUGGGGUAGUAUGGAUCGGUGGUUGGAUGGGCUCACCAGUGAGGUAUGGAGAGCUCGCCGCAAUAGCCAUGAUUAUUCGUUUAGUGGGGAAAUUGGCAAGAGUGGUGGUAUUAGUAGUACUCCGAGUAUGCGAGGAACCGUUUGUUAUAUUGCCCCUGAGUAUGGUGUUGGUGAAAAUAUCUCUGAAAAGUGUGAUGUAUAUAGCUAUGGGGUCUUAUUGCUGGUUCUGAUCUCCGGGCGCCGCCCACUUCAGGUGUUGAAUACGCCCAUUUCGGACUUCCAACGCGCCAAUCUCUUGUCUUGGGCACGUCAGCUUGCCCGCACCGGAAAGCUUCUUGAUCUGGUUGAUAAGUCUAUUCAGUGUUUGGAUCGCGAACAGGCUCUCCUUUGCAUCACCGUUGCGUUGAUUUGCUUGCAGAAGAGGCCUGCUCGCCGGCCAUCCAUGAAAGAGGUUGUUGGGAUGCUUGCUGGCCAGUCAGAACCGCCCCAACUGCCGAUUGAAUUAUCCCCCUCAACUCCAUCACGCUUCCCUUACAAGUCACAUAAUACGAUUCGAGCAAUAUUAUAAAUUCCAGGUAGGGAAUUCUGGAGCCAAGUGGGAAGUGCUUUAGCUGGUCACCGUUUCGACUGCUACAAUGUGAAGGAGGUGUUGCACUCAACCAUGGUGGCUAGAGAUCGUGCAUAUAGGCUUUGAUGGGUUUCUUCUAAGAAAUGAUUAUUCAAGGUCAGGUCCUUCUUCAGCUUAUUGGCUUGCUCUGAUGGUAGACACUUUCCUUGGA